AUGAGCUCAACAGUUCAAAGUGAGUAAAUCCAGCAGUUUUUUCGGACCCCAAUCAAUUGUUAUAUUCCGUCCUAAAAUUUAUUGAUUUUAUAAAUAUUUUUGGAAAAAUAAAAGAUAAUUUUUCUUGCAAAUUUAGCAGAAAUGUCGUCAAAUUUGGCCAACUUCCGUCAGUUAGCGAAGAAAAUCGUCUGCGUUGGGCGAAAUUACCGUGAACAUGCAGCUGAACUCAACAAUCCCGUCCCAAAGAAGCCAAUGCUGUUCCUGAAAAGCACAAACGCUCUUUUGGCUGAUGGUGGAACGAUAAUUGCCCCUCCAGGUUGUCAGGAUCUUCAUCAAGAAGUUGAAUUGGCUUUGGUAAUAGCAAAAACAGCAAAGAAUGUCAAGAAGGAGGAUGCCUAUAAUUAUAUUGGUGGAUACACAGUCGCUUUGGACAUGACCGCAAGAGAUCUUCAGGUAAGAACGUUUUUGUGGUUAUGUUUGGCAUUUAGGUUGUGUUCUAAUUCGAUUGGGUAUCUUAUCUAUAAAGAAUUUACGUUUUUAUACCUGUUUUGAUCAAAAUUAUACGAGAUUUGCCCUUUGACGGGUUGUUUACGCUAAGGAAUCUUUCGAUUUUUAAUAAGUAAAAAUUACUUGCAGCUUUUUAUGGAAAAAAUUGAUAUUGCUAUAAAAUAAUCAAAAUGGUUUUCUUUUUUACGAUUUGUUGAUAUUAUACAUGAUUAAGUUUAUGUUUUGUUUGAUCCUUUCUCCUAUAUUACGGCUUAAACGUCUCAUUAAUUUAUUUCCUUUCAGAAUGAGUUCAAAAGUAAAGGAUCUCCAUGGUUUUUGGCCAAAAGUUUUGACACUUCAUGUCCAGUGGCUGGGUUCGUCGAUAAAUCCAAGGUCCAAGAUCCCCAUAAACUGGAACUAGAAUGUAAGAUUAACGGCGAGGUCAAGCAGAGGGAUCUCACCGACAGCAUGAUAUUCGACAUCCCUACUUUGAUAGAGUUUACAACUAGUUAUGUUACACUCGAGCCAGGAGAUCUUCUUUUAACCGGAACGCCUAAGGGCGUUUGUUCUUGUAAAGCCGGUGAUACCAUCGAAAUCCGGCUCUCGGACCUGGUCAAGGCCAGUUUCGUAGUCGGAAAGUAG